CGGAGUCCCUCAGGUGCUCAAAUUCCUCUAUUGGUUGGGACAUUGCAAUAUGGAUUGCUAAUUCAGAUAUCCGCUUUCCUCAAUUCAGUAUGAUGUCAGAUGUUCCAUUAGGUGAUUGAGAAAGGGCCAGGUGGCUCGAGGCUUAUAGCCGCCACCUUCAAUCUCUCCUGAGCAAUCGUGUUCGUCACCCCCGCUGUCUACCUUGCCUGCAAACGACUUGCGGCAACUUCAGAGAUCAGAGCAAACCUAUUUCUCAGGAAGCCAAGAACCUGGAACACACAUUGUUGGGAUCGCCAGCCUUGCGAUUUUUCACGCUCCAAAACCAGUGCAUUUCACACCUUAUCGCAUCGUGCACCCCUCGAUAUGAAAGCCAGGUACAAAGGCCCAGCAGGGACUGGCAUCAUUACCCUUCCAGACGAUGCCACAGUAAAGGCGGUUCUCGAAGAGCUCAAAGCUAAGACGGGCAUCGAAUACUUCACUGUGAAAUUUGGGCCGCCGAUGGCCAUGCAAAAUUUGGAUAUCAGUGCCAGCGAUACACUUGCCAAAUCCAUGGGCCUGAACGGCGAGACGUUGACCAUUGUGCCUCGGGAGCCCCGAUCAAUAUCUCCCGUUAGGCCGGCUACUGAAGGAAAGCACCCGAGCAGUCGUCAGGAAAAGGCAUCUGGCCGCACUGCACAAUCACCAGAGGACGUGACGGUACCUUGGCCUGAGAGAGAAGGCACCGUAUUACUGCGGAUCAUGCCUAGCGACAAUAGUUGCCUAUUCACAGCCUUUGGUGGCGCAUUGCCCACACAGAUCCCAGCGCCCAGGUUGAGGAGGAUGAUGGCCGAUUUCAUCGCUGAACACCCCGGGGAGUAUACCGAGGCUGUGUUGGGAAGCUCUCCAGCUCAAUACAGUCGUAGUAUACAAGACCCUGAUCGUUGGGGCGGUGGUAUCGAGCUCAGUAUUCUCUCGUCAAUAUUUGAUAUCGAGAUUUGCACCUUUGAUGUCCAGGCGCAAAAUUUGAUCAAGUUCGGAGAGAACAAAAGAGACCGAUGUAUACUGGUGUACUCUGGCAUUCACUAUGAUCGAGUAGCAUUUGCGCUGUCUGAACCACCAUACGAACAGACAGACCUGCCGCCAGAGAUGGACUGCACGCGUUGGCCCACUGAUGAUAACGAGAUCCUAUCAAAGACACACGACCUUGUGAACAAACUCCACAAUGCCCACUACUAUACGGACACAGAAGGGCUCAUUCUCCGGUGCGAUGUGCCCGGUUGCGACUGGAUCGGUAGCGGGCAGGCGGCUGGGCAGCAGCAUGCACAGAAGACGGGGCAUAUCGAGUUAAGCGAAGUGACAGAUACGGUCGAGGACAACACACUCCGACAAUGUGAUGCGCCAGGCUGCACGUUUAUGGGACAAGGAGACAAGGCUCGAUCGCAGCACACAGCUGAUACAGGACACAAGUCUUAUUCAGUGAUUCCAGACUUUUGAGGGUUAGAAUUUACGAGCCCAGGAAUAAAUGAUAUGCCUUAUAGUACAAAACAAACCCAAACAAGAUCGUCUAUCCGCCCCCGUGGAAGCCUCCGCAACACGUCGUGAUAAGCCGAAGCCCGGUCGUUUUAAGCCCAUUAUUCGCUUGCCGUCUUC